AUGAAGGCUGCCUACACCGCCUAUCGAUGCCUCACCAAAGAACUAGAAGGCUGCGCCAUGAACCCGGAGCUGACAAUGGAAAGUCUGGGCACUUUACACGGGCCGGCCGGCGGCGGCAGCGGCGGGGGCGGCGGCGGGGGCGGCGGCGGGAGCGGUGGGGGCCCAGGCCAUGAGCAGGAGCUUCUGGCCAGCCCCAGCCCCCACCACGCGGGCCGCGGCGCUGCCGGCUCACUGCGGGGCCCGCCACCGCCGCCAGCGGCUCACCAGGAGCUGGGCACGGCGGCGGCAGCAGCGGCGGCGGCGUCGCGUUCAGCCAUGGUCACUAGCAUGGCUUCAAUCCUGGACGGCGGCGACUACCGGCCCGAGCUUUCCAUCCCGCUCCACCAUGCCAUGAGCAUGUCCUGCGACUCGUCCCCGCCGGGCAUGGGCAUGAGCAACACCUACACCACGUUGACGCCGCUCCAGCCUCUGCCACCCAUUUCCACCGUGUCGGACAAGUUCCACCACCCGCAUCCUCACCACCACCCACACCACCAUCACCACCACCACCACCAGCGCCUGUCGGGCAACGUCAGCGGCAGCUUCACCCUCAUGCGCGACGAGCGCGGGCUCCCGGCCAUGAACAACCUCUACAGUCCCUACAAGGAGAUGCCCGGCAUGAGCCAGAGCCUGUCCCCUCUUGCCGCCACGCCGCUGGGCAACGGGCUGGGUGGCCUCCACAACGCGCAGCAGAGCCUGCCCAACUACGGGCCGCCGGGCCACGACAAAAUGCUCAGCCCCAACUUCGACGCGCACCACACUGCCAUGCUGACCCGCGGUGAGCAGCACCUGUCCCGGGGCUUGGGCACCCCGCCCGCGGCCAUGAUGUCGCACCUCAAUGGCCUGCACCACCCGGGUCACGCUCAGUCCCACGGGCCAGUGCUGGCACCCAGCCGCGAGCGUCCACCCUCGUCCUCGUCGGGCUCCCAAGUGGCCACAUCCGGCCAGCUGGAGGAGAUCAACACCAAAGAGGUGGCCCAGCGCAUCACCGCCGAGCUGAAGCGCUACAGCAUUCCGCAGGCGAUCUUCGCGCAGAGGGUGCUGUGCCGGUCUCAGGGGACUCUCUCCGACCUGCUCCGGAACCCCAAACCGUGGAGUAAACUCAAAUCUGGCAGGGAGACCUUCCGCAGGAUGUGGAAGUGGCUGCAGGAGCCGGAGUUCCAGCGCAUGUCCGCCUUACGCCUGGCAGCAUGCAAGCGCAAAGAGCAAGAACCAAACAAAGACAGGAACAACUCCCAGAAGAAAUCUCGCCUGGUGUUCACGGACCUCCAACGCCGAACACUCUUCGCCAUCUUCAAGGAGAACAAGCGCCCAUCCAAAGAGAUGCAGAUCACCAUUUCCCAGCAGCUGGGCCUGGAGCUCACGACCGUCAGCAACUUCUUCAUGAACGCCCGGCGCCGCAGCCUAGAGAAGUGGCAGGAUGACCUGAGCACAGGGGGCUCCUCGUCCGCCGCCAACACCUGUACCAAAGCAUGACGGAAGGACUCUCAGCUGGGCACAAGUCCCCUCCAAACGAGGACAACAGAUUCCAACAGCAAAUACAAAGGAAAAAGACACCGGAUUCUUAGCUGGGGCCCUUCACUGGUGAUUUGAAAGCACAAUUCUCUUGAAAAGAAACUUCUAGCUGUAAUCAUAGGCCAGGUGUUCUUUUUUAUUUUGUUUUUAAUGGCUAUGGAGUCCACACGCAAGCCGAAAAUGAAUCUCGUCGAACCGGACAUUGUCCUCUGAGCAUGCUGAGCAUCUCAGAAGCCCAAAUGGGGCCUUCCUGGAGCAAGUUCGUUUCGGUGUGGUGUCGGCCAAGCUCAGGACUGCUUAAAAUGCCAACAGCCCUCCUUCCUUCGGUUCUGUCAGCCUCUUGCAGACCUUGCUCCCAGAUGGAAAGGAGGGAGUUUGGCCUGAGUUUGGGCUCCCAAGAUGCUACAUUAAGAGAAGAAUCUAGCAACCAGAAUGACCUCAUUUGCUUUCUAAGUGCUUAGCCUCAUUUCCACCACCAUACACCAAACUUCACAGCCAUAACGUAAAGAACAUCAGAGUGAUAAUUACUGAGCACAAGUUUUAAAUGUGGAAGUCAAAAAAAAAAAUCCAAGGACCUGUUUUUCCAACUCAGGCAUCUUUUCACUGAAUGGUUUUGAAAGCUUUAAGUUGAUCCAGUUUACAGUUUUCUUUAUCUCCUGGAAAUCUCAUGUGGUCUUGGGUCCAUCAAAACAACAAGUCAGUUCACUUGAGCUCAAAGUAUCAAGCACAACGAAGAUAAACAGAGUAGUAAGGAAGGUUUUGGAUUCGCCGCAUCUGGAUUUUCAAGACGCCGAUAGUGAAGUCAUUAGGGAAUCACUGGGAAUACGACUUCAAGCACAUUUUGCAGUUUGCUACAAAUUCUGUUUGUACAUAAUGCAGACGCACACUCAGGAGGCCAAUUUAACUGUUACGGUACUUGGAGCAAAUGCAGCAUUAAAAAAAGAUCUAGAUUUUUUUAGAUCAUUAACGUAUCCUUCUUGGUUGUUAGUCACCUGGUUCCUCCUAUUGUGCAUUCUGACCGCCUCGUAACUCAUUCUCACUCUUUCAAGAUUUGGGUUUUUCUUUCGUCCAUCCCAUCAGUAGGGAUAUCUUCAGUGUUUUCUAGCAAGAAAAAAAAUAAAGAAUUCAAGCCACCGUCCAUGUUACCCAUCUAGUCCUAAAUCUCUUCCAUUGUUGAGUCAUCCUAGCAGAACAGCUGAAAUAAACUGGAGAAAACACAGCACACCAAAGAAGCAGAAUACUGCAAACCAAAGACAUUUAUUACUUGCCAUUUUCUAGCCUAAAAAUACUGUGAUUACUUUUAGAAAUCAGAAAACCUCUGCAACUCCGAAUGGCAUUUGGCUCUUGCAUUUGGCUCACCGUCAGGCUGAGCGGACAGGUUAUGCCAAGGACAUUCAGCCAAGCCACCAGGGAGUGGCUCGGCCACACUCCUGUGGCUUCUGGCCGUCACCUUCCAACAGCAAGCAGGAGAGCGCCUACAGAACUCUGGGAGGUUGCGAAGGUCACAAUGUGCAUAUUUACCAGUGAAUGGCCCCAAGUGGGCACCGUGGGGGUGUUCAAAGCAAGCCAAACGCUGCAAUGAUUCUUUACAGACACUUGAGACUGACUUUUUUAUGAAUUACUUAAUCGAAACCAAAGAAACUUUUUCUGCACCUACUUCUGCAACAAACAGAACUGUCCCAUGAAGCUGAAUAAAUGAAUACGUAAAUCAGUGAAAAUCACCACCAACAAAGAAGGAAGCACGCCAAAAAACCAACCAUCAAAAAACAGUGAGACACACUGUGUUCAAACAGACCUCUUGGGACAUUUUUUGGAAGCAGAUUUUAAAGAAAGGGUUGAGACAAGAACGGAAAUAAGGACAAGCCUCAGCGGCUGCUGCUUCAUCUGACAACUCACGCGGUAAUCUUAAAGCUGAAGAUUGUCUUUAAUUUGUGCCUAUGCAGUUUUUCAAAAGAACACGGAACAGAGCAACAGAAACCUCAACAGCUACAAUACCAAAGAUGAGGAUUUCUCACACCCUUUGUUUCAGUUCAUUAUCUCCUCUUGCCUGGCUAACGUACUAGUAGCGCCAUUGAUCUGUGUAAAGGUAAUCAAUUUUGUUUCUGAGCAACGAAAGGAAAGGGUCAUUUAUUUGAUGUUAUUGUUUCCCUUUAGUUUUGCUUUAUGGCUUUCUCCCCCAACAUGGGAUCUCUCAACAGGUCCCAUAAACGCCAAGUUUAAGAUGUUGGGAUAGUGAACAGUUCUCUUUUCUCUGCUCCACAGAGUAUGGGGAAUAAUAUGGUCACUUGAAUGUUCUUUGCUUUUCCCUUAGACUUAAGGUUCCUUCUGCGUUCAGUCUCAUCAUCAGGGGAGGGAAGGGGAAUGAGGGUCAGGGUCAGGGGUCUUGGUGACACAUCCUUGCCCGAACCACAGAACCAAAGAGUUUAUAGAGGAAUCGAUAGCCUCUUCUUCAUGUGAUUGCUACAUCCUAACAGGGCUUCUUUUGGGGGUGGGGGGUAACAUGUAAAAAUAAUUGUCAAUUUCUACUUUUCUAUUAGCUUUUUAAAAAUCAGCUGUAAAGUUGCAUUUCUAAAAAAAAGAUAUAUAUAUAAUAUAUGAACACAUAUAUAGAUUCAACUGGACAUUGGUGAUAACCCCAAAAUUAUUGCUGUCCAAAUUCAUGUCCUGUUUUCGUCAAGUGCUUCAUUUAUUAAGCAUUCAGUUCAUAAUUUUGCUCAUUUCUCAUGCCAUCCCAGAGUUCAUUUGCCACUGUGGAUGAUUUGGAGUGUUCAGAUUUCUGCGAAAAUUCCUGGGAAGGGUUGAAAGUCAAGUUCAUGCUUUUCAACAUUUAAGCUGUUAAGUGGAGCCAUGGUGGAAAGGAGUUUUAUUUGUAUGUGAAGUCAUCUCUAAUCCAUGCCUCAACCAUGAUACGGUGGUACGUGAGGUUCAUGCAUCAGACCCACCCCAUCACCGGGCCUGGGCCCGGGCCAGUGCGGGGCUGAUCGCCCAUAACUGCCGGAAGGCUCAGUGGUCCACUCCCACCAGUUAUGGAGAUGGCGCCAGCCCUGAAACAUGUUCUAGAGGAGUGUCCCUGCCCCACCAGGGUGCUCCAGAUCCUCCUCAGUGAGCAGAUCCACCAAAGGGGCUCCUCGCAGGGGACGCCCCACUGCCGUUGCACUGGGCUGAUCAGGUUUCCUCAGGGUGGUAAUUACCAGUUUGCAGCCACAGCUGGCACUGGGGUGAUGCAGGGGUGCCGUUAGGGGUGGGGCAGGUGUGUGAGUCCUGAAGAGAAAACAGCAAGCAGGGUUUGGGAAGAAUCCUGGAGUCCUGCCCCUGGGAGUCCCGUUGUCUCUUGUCCCACCUCUCCCUCCCACCAUGUGGGUCUCCCUUCGCAGGGGCAGCAGCCGUGGAGCUGUGAAAGAAUGUGACUCUCCAUGACUUUUGUCAUUUAUCCUACCUGGGGAUAUUCCUUGACUUUUCCCUGUGUGUCUGUCUCUUGCUCAUAUUCCAUGUCUCCUUUGUCAAAUGACCAAAAACAAAAAACAAACAAACAAAAAAGAGAGAGCUUAUUUCAGCAGGGGAAGGCUCCAGAUUGGUUGAUAAAAAUGACUUCCAACUUGCAUGUUUCCAAAUGAAUCCUUGUGACUUGUGGCCAAUGGAAAUGGUCGCUCUUACCGAGAGCAGACUGAGGAACCAAGGCUGUUUGGUUUGAUUAGUGAUUCUUUGGUGCUCUAAUCUCGGCAUUUGAGUCCCUGGCCUUCUCUGAAGAUGUCAGCACCAAAAGGAGCUGCCUUGGGGGCCUGAGAGUUCACAAUGCACACAUGCCGUGUGUUCCUGGUGGCCUGAGGAAGAUGUCAUCAUGUAAGAAAGGCAAGAACUUUCCUCCAAGGACUUUUGAUAAGGAUCUCACCAGAUAACAUCAUACCAGAGAGCAAUGCUUGCUUUUAGAAAAUUAUGUACAUGCAUAUAUAAAUACAUGUCUGUAUCUAUAUAUCUAUGUAUCGAAAUGUUAAGCCCUACAGAAUUUCAAUUUGUUAAAAAUCUGAAAGAAAAAAAAUCCCUGAAAAUUGAAAGGUAAUGGAGUUUCACCCAUAAGUUUCCUCAAGCAUUUAAAAAUCACAUUUUAAGUGAAUAAUUUCAGGGAAAAAAAUGGUCAUUUGGUCUUGUUAUGGUUUAGGAUCCAUUUCCUCAAUCCCCAGGAAGAAUUCUAGGCACGCCUCAGCCAUCAACAAUAGAAGGGACGGCUCUGAUCUAAAAUUCACAUUCUUGAGGCACCAGAAAUCUAAAGGUUACUGAGUGGAGAAAUACUUUUUUAUUCCUUUAGGUAAAUUAACUUGCUUUAAUUUUAUUUUCAAUGUGAUUUUGGCACUGGGGAUAGAAUUUUUUCAUUCCAGAAAAUUUUUAUUAAGAGCCAACAUUUUUUAAAAGGCAAACAGCAACAAUAAUAAAAACUCAACCCCGAUAUUAAAGGCUUUUCAAAAUGUAGCAUAGCGUGCAGGCUGUACCACUUAAAGGUACAGGUGAGGAUGAGUCGUGAUGGACCCAGCCUGAUGCUUUGUCUGAAGAGGGCUGUAAUCUCUCCUUCUCUCUCCUCUGCGUCUCCACUCCUGCAGGCUCUUGGCAAUGAUACAUUUAGGAAACGUAAGGUAAUCUUCAUUUAAAACUAAAGUAAAAUAAAAAUUAGGGAGGUAAAUCAUACACACACACACAUGCAUUUUUGUAAGUCAAACGGUGUGUUUUAAAGCCUAAAAUUAGCACCUUUUAUAUAAUCAACUAUUUUUACCUUAUCUAUGCUGGGUUGGUUACCCACCUAUUAAUGCCAACAAAUUAAAGUUGAAUGGAUUUUUAAAAAUCGCCAUCACCUUGAUCUACAGGGGAUGACACUUCCCCACUUUGGAAAAUGUCCUCGGGAUUAUCCGAGUGUCUGUGUGACUGUCACUGGCAUCGCAUCACAGCACCACGCCUUUGCAGUGAACUCUGGUUUCCAGGAAGUUGUAGAGCAGGAGUUUUUUUCCAAUAUAAAAAGAAUAGGCUGGGCUCCUGUGCUGGUGAAGAAUAAUGGACUCAAUUACAAAGUAGGGAAAAAGAAAUGAUACGUGUGGUCCAGGUGGGCCUCAAGACCCAGUCACGAGUGUACCAUGAUGAUAAUUGUCCUGAUUCCUAUAGGUUGAGCUGAUUUUUGUUGUUGUUGCUGCUGAUGCUGUGAUUCAGACUUGUUAACCUACCCAGGAGUGAGCGGGAACCAGUAGGUGGGGGAGGGAAAGGACUGGUGCCUGUAACUUUCUGGUCUUUACCUGCACGGCUUCGUAAUUUUUGUGCCCUUCCCUAAGACCAAGUCGCCUCUCAAACAGCAGGCGAAUCUAGUUAUCAAAAAAGGCCACGAAACCCUUACUCAAGGAAAAAGGGGCACUUGAAUUGGUAUAAGUCUCAUAAGUCAAUGACAUUGGCUCUAAAUAUCGCUGUCCCAAUGCCCAUUUUCUACCCACCAUUUGUUUCUUUCCCAGGGCAGGGGAAAGGGAGGGUUUACUUAUUUGUUUUAGAGAGCCUCAGAAUGCAUUAUAAAAUACAAAAAUAAUUAUUAAAAUAAUACAUGGCUUCAUAUAGGUAGACACAAAGCUUCUAUCGGAUGGGCCAUUGCAUGAAUCCCACAGGGACUGGAAAUGCUCAUUGUUCGCAGAUGCCAGAUUGGCCAGCUAAUCCCUUGUUAGUAGAGGUAAUGUGUGUAGGAAAAAACACAUUGCUGCUGGUUCGGUCACCCCAUGGAAGUCUUCCACUCUGCUCCAUCUUUCACAGCAGGCAUUUCAGAUAGUAUAAACCUUGGUAGAGAAGCUUGCCUCAGGCCCAGACAGUCAGUCUGUCAGCUUGGGUGUAGACAGAUUUACAUACAUCUCUUGACAUGUGUUCUCACAGACAUCCUUAUAGCAACACACAUUACCCGUGCGUGUCUAGAUUGCGCAGGCACGGGUGUGUACCCAUCUCCAUACUGUCAUCUGUUACAAUAAAUAAAUUGUAAGUGAUCAUUUCACAUGCAUGUGGAACUUCUACCAUGUACAUCGUUUUCAUUAUUUAUUGUAACACGGAAAACUAAAAUGCAGGGGGAAAAAAAGAGUAUCCCAACAUCUUCCUUGUGUACACUUGGAACCGCUUUCAUUUGGGCACAUCCAAGAUAAGCUCAGACUUUCAAGAAACCUUGGAUUAUGUAAUCAUCUGCAUAAGAAUGGUACACAUGCUUGAUUGCUUCGGUUGAAUAGCUUUAUUCUGGAUCUCUCAUAACUAGAGCUAAAUCCAAAGACCCGAAAAGGGACAAGAAAGAAAAAAAACAAAAAAAAAGGAAAAAAUAGCAAAACCAAGUGCAAACCGGUAGGGACGAAGUGGGCCCUGGCUUCCAGGGCAGAGACAAUGGUGCCACGAUGCUGUGGGAGCUGUGCGAGCUAGAGGAGGGGGUGGGGGUGUUUUCCAUGCUUGGCACAUCGAAAUGGUCUUUACGAACGUGGAUAAGGUUUAGAGGUUAUCAUUUCCUACUUUCUUUUCCCUUAGACUAUUGAAGAGGUUAAUACAUUUUGUCCAUCAAAAAUCGAAGACAGUAAACAAACAUUUUUUUUUCUUGUCUCUUUGGGUUAUGACCCAACAAGCAAAGUACAAUUAAUGUAAUUAAUUUAUUUAAAUGAGUUCCUAGCACAGAAAUGUAUAGGAUUUGGGUAAUUAUUUAAUCAUCCCUCCUUAGUUUGUUUGUAUUCCUUGUGCUACAUCCAAAUCGAGACCAGCGGCGUGCAUUGGCAAUGCAGAAUCACUUUUAGAAUUCUCUAGGAGGUUAGUUUGCUUUAGAAAGCAGUGAAAUUCUGUUACAGACAGGGAAGAAAUACAGGUUACAAAAAAAAAAGAAUUGAGUUAUGUUUCCUUGUUGAAUUAACUUUGAAAAUAGUUUAAAUAACACUAUUAAAUUAUUUAACUUAAGUUCAGAGCCCCACGUGGUACCACAAGAACUUCACCUUUUAAUUAUCGGGGCCCACAGAGUCUUCAUAGUGUAACUUAUUUAUUUAACUUAUUCAGCAUCUGUGAAAGGUGCACUGUAUAGUUUAUAUUUUUUAUUUAAAACAACAGAGAGCACUAUAGUUUGUUUGCGGUCAGAACAACAGAGCAAAGUUUGUGGACAAGCAAUGACUACCCAACCUGCACCUGUGCAUUCAGAAAACAUAAGCCAAGACCCUGCUUCGCCAGCCUGGAUUUCGGGGCUUCUAUACAGAAACUGGAAACAAAUACAUUUAAAAAAUCUUAACAGCAAAAAGAGAGAAACCCUUACACUAGCUGCUUCCAAGAAUGAACUCUGUGUGUGUGUAAAACAAGACAAAAAAGGAGGAGAAAAAAAGCAGAAAAAAAGAGAAAAAAAAAGGAAAAACUUUCUAUUUCUAGUGAGAACCAAAGAAGGCUACCUCACUGACUUUUUCCAUUUGUAAUUUUAAUCGUGUUGAGACACCAAAGAUACCAAAGAUUUCUUUCUCUGUGCGGUCUGCAUUUUGCUUGUGCUCUUUUAUAAUUUUAACUCUUCUCUCUGACAUAUGGUAUGUACAGCCACAGCUCAGAUUCCCCACAGAAAGAAUUGUCUGUGUGACAGCGGCUGCCAAUCGGAAAGGGAUAUUUUCUGUGUUUCUCUCAUUUGUUCACUGCCCCGGUCACAUGUUCAGGAUGCAAGUUCAGAUGCUGCUGUAAUUGGAUUCUUUAAAUUCCAGUUCCAAACAGGCCAAGAAGUCUGGUUGGAAGUGGCCUUCCAUCCUAGCCGUGACCUAAUUCCUGCUGUGGAGCUAUCAGAGUAAAGAUUCCCAAUCACUGGACCACAGAAACUCAAAUCACUGAGCAGCAGAGCUAGAAGGGACCUUAGAAGCCAUUCAGUCCACCACUCCUCCUAGAGGCCUGGAGGAGUGAAAUAAUUAUCUGUGUUAAAUAGCUACACAGAGGCAAAGGCCUCCUGUCCCAGUGCCCAGCUCUGCCUCUGCAUGAGAUGGGCCACCCAUGGGCAGAGAGCAAGCUGGCAAUCCUUUAGCAAAAAGUAGGGCCUGGGGCUUAUCACUUAACAUUUUCAGUGGGUAAGAACAGUCCCAGGAAUUUCAGUGUUUGUCUAGUUGCAAUCACGGCAGAAAGUCACACAGGGUUUGUGGCUGCAAAGGUGGCCAGCCUUGAAAUGGUGGAAGAGCACGUUGAUCCAGGGAGGUCCCUGUUGAGGUUCCCCAUUGCAAAGUGUGGUGUACACACUCCUUCCAUGCAGUGAGAGGAGAGAGUGGGCCCUGCUCGGUUUAGUUAUUAAGGAUAUUUUAGGUCAGUAUCCGAGAAAUUGGAUCACUGUUUGCACAUGUGACAUUUCAGCUGUUCAGCUCUUCCCUUCUCCUCUUGACUUGCGUGUGCGUUUGUAUUUCACUUCUAGUCCAACUCUGUAUUUCUGAGAGAAAAUGAAGCCCUACAUUGAAGGUGGUUUAUUGUAAAUGAAAGAGGACCCAAAAUUUCAGAGGAAUAGAUGAGUCAGUUUAAGAAAUGGCUACUUAGAGUUGCUUCUCUCUUCCCUUCUUACUCAUGAAAUUAAUUGGUCUUCUUUGGAUUUCAUGAAAUAAUUAAGUCACCAUUAAGAUCCAUUCAUUUGAGUGACUUGUACAUUAGCCAAUGAAUCAUUCUCAGCAUCUGACCAAGUGGAUCUGAGACAUGUGCAAAGGCCCACCCUCAUCUUGAAUAGCUCUUUAUUGAGCACUAAUAUUCUGUAUUUCACAUGAUGUGGUUAUCUUUGAGCUUUUAAAGGGACUAUUUAAACAAUGAAGCUAAGAAAGAAAAAGACCAGUUAGCACGUGCCCCAACGGAGUGUAGCGGUUGAGGAAUUUGGAGGACAGACUGGCCUCUGUGAGGAAACCCACUCACUCCCUUUCUGUAGCGUCCAGGCCCCAUACUGACAUGUCAGAGUUUUCUCCCGUCCAAACAAGCUGAAAGCUCCGUCUUUCCCCCUAUCCAUGGCAGACUUGUAAGGCCUUCCUUCCAAACAGCACAUUGCAUUGGUUUCCUUCCCCAGUUCCUACCGGCAACAGAAUUCUCAGAACACCUGGGAGGCACACCAAAGACCCGAUCACUGAGCAGCAGAGAGCUCCCCUAGAAGCCGACACCGCCCUCCCACCACCAGGCCCCUACGAGAGGGAGCCUAAAGGGAGCAAUGGCAGCCUGAACACAGAAAACAUCCCUCAUUGGCAGCCCCCUUCUCAGCAACCCCCCUCAGCCUCAUGCUUCACUUGCAAAGUGUGACAUAACCACGGGACGAGUGCCUUGCUUGAACCAAAGCAACGAUUUAGCCAGUCUGGACCUCUCUGCUUUUUUUAAUCCUUCCUGUGAAUACCUCAGCUUCAACUGGGCCUCCAUACAGUAAAUUGGUGGGCUUAUUGUACUGUGGUGCUUUGCAAUGCAACCCUGCAAAGAACAAGAUUUGUACUAAUACCAAAGGUUCUCUCUCUGUCUCUCCCCUCUGCUCCCCUGGUCCUUCCCCCUUUUCUAGUUCUUCACGGUUCCAAAGCUUUAAUAUGAACCUGGGCAUGUUGGCAAUGCAGACCGCGCAAUUCCUUACCGAAUUUUCUCAGAUAUACCUCAUAGAUAAUAGUGUUUAGAGUAAUGUUAUUAUAGCGUAUGUAAUAAAUUAUUCACUGUUUCUUUUGGUAACUGUGAUUUAAAAAAAGAAAAAAGAAAAAAAAAGCUUUAUACGUUUUAGGUUGUGCUUUUGUAAUAGACGAAAAGGUGCGCUUAAAAAAAAUGUAUGUUCUUUUUUUUUCCCCUUUGGAUUUUAUUUAUUCUGGAUUGGGGAAAGUUGCAGAAUGAGCCCAAAGUUUACAGUUUCAUAUUUUGCUGAAGAAACAAUCUGUGUUCAUUUGCUCUGCUGAAAAAGAAAUGAUUAUUUUCUACAUUUGUGCUACUUGGUCUGAACAAUUAAUUGUUCUGUGUUAACAGUGUAGUAUUAUAAUUAGCAACUGCCAAUCAGUGCUAUAAUUUUAUGCAUGAGGCUAAAAAGUUAGCAGUGUGAUGCAUUGUGGUCUUAAUAGCUGCCUUUCAUUUGGAACUAGCCCCUCCCCUUUGGUUCAAUGGACUUUAUUUAUGCAUGGGCGCCGAUUGUUUGUUAGCAGUCGUGGGACAGUCGUGUAUACGUUAAACUGUGAACAUGUACACAGUUCAGCCUCAGACGGUGGUCAUAUUGGUUUUGUUGGGAAAUGUCUCACCUCAAAAAUACCUGUACAUCUGUUGGGAUUUCAAAAUGAGUCAGAUUGGACCGGGUUCAAACUUUAUAAGAAAGGUCAUUCGGAGCUUGAGUUAGCCCGCUUGCUGUCCCCAACUGGGAUCCUCAGGACCCAGCUGUCCCACGCUAUGCGAGAGGGGCUUGGAGGCCAGCACUGAAGGACAACUCAGCUCUGCAUUUUCGUUCUCCACUGAAAGGCAUUGUUUUGGCUUUAUGUCCAUGACCUCAGACCUAACUGGCCAGGUACAUGGGCAUGUGAACUCAUUCUGCUUAAGCCUCUCCUGGAUCCCUGCUUAGGAAUGGUCACUUCGAUUGUGCUUGGUUUCUUUUAGUAUUUUGCUGUCAGGUCAGUUCCAGUAGAAAUGCAAAUGGCAUUAAUAUCAAUAAUUAUUCUAUGGCUUCUUUUGGUCCAUUCUCCUGGACAACUCUGCCAACUAUUCCCGAGAUUCCGGCAAAAACAGAUGGCCAUUCCCCACACCAUCACCUGUGCGGCCAUACCACGCCUCUUCCUCCCUCGGGUCAGAGAUGACUCUAUAACUCCCUCUUUCCUGCUGGACAGUGUCACCUCUAUCCUAAGUUGCGGGGGGGAGGCGGUCGUAAAGGAAGUUUUAGACGCCAGUUUAGGGAAACCAUUUUGGUUUCCCCCAGUUAUCUGAGGCCUCUGUAUCUCCAAAAAGUAUUUUUCAGUCACAUUGGAUUGGGCCAACUUAUACUGUCUUGUAUUUCAGUUCUGAGACCUCCUCUCGAGUUUCAUACCUAUUUCCCAAACCAAAAUGCUUGACAUAAAGCCAAAUCAACUGCCUGGCACACUGUGCACAGGAGAGUGGAGUGCAGUGGCGGGAAAGCAGGAGUCUGCUAUGCAACACAUCGGAGAUCACCCACAGCAGAGCGUUUGUUCUACCUGUCACUGAGACUGCUGGGAGUGCGCUUUCAUUAAUGACACACGGAAACAUUUGUUUGGCCUUAUAAAGUAGAUCGUGAUAAUGAAAGCUUUGUCAUAGAUAGUUGUUUUUUUAAUUUCCCCCCUUAUGAACCUGCCAAAGAUGGGAAUGGAUACAAGAAUUUUAAGUUGGCUUUGGUAAGACAGUUAAUGAUUGUAAUAGUGUUUAAUCUUCCAGAAAGCUUUAUGUGUUCUUCCGCAAUAAACCACCUCGAUUAUUUGUUUCAGUAAAGUUCUCCUCACCCUCACAAACCCACAGACUGUUCCUCCUGAUGCAGAUACUGUAGUACCUGCGAGGUUCAAGUGCAUUUUCCAUCCGAAGCAAACAGGAGUGUCUGAGACGUGAAGGGGCCCCGCCCUUCUCAUUAGGAGCAACACCGGGGUCUGGCCCGCUAGGAUUUGCCAAGAAGACUUGUCUUAUGAAACUUGAGGUAUAUUUUGUUAUGCCAUCUUAUGUCCUUUUUUUAAAAUUUGUUUUUAAACUUUGUGGAAAGUGAUAUGUUAAAUCAAGUGUAAGCCGAGUUUCCCAGACAACUGACGUAGCUACAUGGUGAAUGUUAUUUUGUUAUUAAAGGGUUUUUACUCGA